AUGGAUCUCUCUUCUUGUCAACUAUAUGGGAGAUUCCCUGAUGAUGAUCUUCAACUGCCCAACCUUAAGGUUCUCAAGUUAAAGGGUAACCAUGAUCUCAGUGGGAAUUUCCCAAAGUUCAAUGAGAGUAAUUCCAUGCUGUUGUUGGAUCUUUCUUCUACAAAUUUCAGUGGGGAGCUUCCUAGUUCAAUAGGCAUUCUAAAUUCUUUAGAAAGUUUGGAUCUUUCUUUUACAAAUUUCAGUGGGGAGCUUCCUAGUUCAAUAGGCAGUCUAAAGUCUUUAGAAAGUUUGGAUCUUUCUUCUACAAAAUUCAGUGGGGAGCUUCCUAGUUCAAUAGGUAGUCUAAAGUCUUUAGAAAGUUUGGAUCUCUCGCACUGCAAUUUCUCAGGGUCCAUUCCCUCGGUGUUAGGGAACCUCACACAAAUCACUCACUUGGACCUCUCAAGCAAUCAAUUUGAUGGUGAAAUUUCAAAUGUUUUCAAUAAGAUUAGAAAGCUAAUUGUAUUAGAUCUUUCCAGUAAUAGUUUCAGAGGUCAGUUCAUAGCAUCACUUGACAAUCUAACAGAACUUUCUUUCUUAGACCUUUCAAACAAUAACCUAGAAGGUAUCAUUCCUUCUCAUGUGAAGGAACUUUCAAGUCUAUCGGAUGUCCAUUUGUCCAAUAACUUGUUGAAUGGGACAAUACCAUCUUGUUUGUUUACUCUACCAUCAUUGAUAAGGUUAGAUCUCAGUCAUAACAAACUCAAUGGUCAUAUUGAUGAAUUCCAAUCCCCUUCAUUGGAGUCCAUUGAUUUGAGUAAUAAUGAGUUAGAUGGGCCAGUUCCAAGUUCCAUCUUUGAACUUGUAAAUCUUACAUAUCUCCAACUUUCUUCAAAUAACUUGGGUGGCAUUGUGGAGACAGACAUGUUCAUGAAUCUUGAAAAUCUUAUCUAUCUCGAUCUUUCAUAUAACAUUCUGACAUUGAGCAACUACAGCCAUUCCAACUGUGCGCUACCAUUCUUGGAAACAUUGUUGUUGUCUUCUUGCAACAUAAGUGAAUUCCCAAGAUUUUUAUGCAGUCAAGAGGUGUUGGAGUUUCUGGACCUUUCAAACAACAAGAUUUAUGGACAACUUUCGAAAUGGGCAUGGAAUAUGGGUACGGAGACACUGUCUUACUUCAAUCUUUCUCAAAACUUGCUAACCGGGUUUGAGAGAUUUCCAUGGAAGAAUAUGCUAUUUCUCGACCUUCAUUCCAACUUGCUUCAAGGACCACUUCCAUCAUUGAUUUGUGAAAUGAGUUAUAUUAGUGUUCUGGAUUUCUCUAAUAACAACUUGAGUGGCUUAAUUCCACAAUGUUUGGGAAACUUCAGUGAGUCUCUCUCUGUUUUGGAUUUGCGAAUGAAUCAACUUCAUGGUAACAUUCCUGAAACAUUUUCGAAGGGCAAUUUUAUCAGGAAUCUUGGCUUCAAUGGAAAUCAAUUGGAAGGGCCUCUACCACGAUCUUUGAUCAAUUGUAGAAGGUUGCAAGUUUUAGACCUUGGAAAUAAUAGAAUAAAUGAUACAUUCCCUUAUUGGUUGGAAACUCUUCCAGAGCUACAAGUUUUGAUCUUGCGUUCUAAUAGGUUCCAUGGUCACAUAAGCGGUUCAAAUUUCCAAUCUCCAUUUCCCAAGUUACGAAUAAUGGAUCUUUCACGCAAUGAUUUCUCUGGUAGUUUACCGGAAAUGUAUUUGAAGAAUUUCAAGGCAAUGAUGAAUGUCACUGAGGAUAAAAUGAAACUGAAAUAUAUGGGGAAUACUAUUAUCGAGAUUCGAUAA